AUGAAGUUCGCCUACGUCUCUCUCUUCCUCGCAGCCACUGCUGCUGCUGCCGAGAUCAGCUUGAAGGACAUUCCUACUUGCGCCGCGAAAUGCGGCCUCGGUACUCCCCCCGACCACUGCGGCAAGCUCGACGCCAAGUGCGCCUGCGAAGACCCUACCUACGUCGCCGACACCGCCUGCUGUAUAUCCAAGGAGUGCGAUGAGGACGACGCCAAGAACGCCGUGGAGUUCACUGAGAAGCUCUGCAGCGGUGUCGGCGUUGACGGCCUGCCCAAGACCGCUACCUGCGCUGCCAGCGCCAGCUCCACCUCUGGCUCUUCGUCUUCGUCCACUGCCUCGUCCGACUCUUCUUCUGCGUCUUCUACCUCGUCCAGCAGCAGCUCGAGCAGCUCGGCCUCUGCCACUGAGACUGGUGGUGCUGCGCUUGUUUACAACAAGGAUGCUUCGAUCAUUGCGGCUGUUGGUGCUGCUGCUUUUGCGUUCCUGGCAUAA